CACCUGUUCACCUCAGUAGACGACAGACGUCAAAGCGUAAUAGAUACUCAUGAAAUAAGGUGUAUGUGUGUUUUGUGAUCAAAAUCUAGCCUAACUUUAACUUUUGUAUUUUGGCUUUUGUUUUUUUAGUAUUAGUUGUCCUUAUACCCUUACAUUUGAAGAAAGUGUCAUAUCUUCAUAAUGUUACACAACGAGAUACAAUGGAAAACCAUCGUUCAUGCUACAAAAGUAAACCAUUUGAAUGGGGUCCCAGUCAUAGACCACCCUCUGAAAAAUGUUGUGGUUACAGAAAGAAUUCCUCGAAAAAUAUUCGGUUCACAACCAGGCACAGGCAGAACAACUCCUAUAUCAUCUGCAGCUCCAGUUCAGGACCCUUUAUUCUUAGCUCUGGAGCAGUUAGAUCCCCUGUCAGAAUUUGCUAUGCUAGAAAUAGAUCCAUUGUCAAAAAUGGCAGCUGAAAUGGAUACUCCAGAUUCCCUAGAUCCCAAAACUGUAGCAAAUAAAGACGUUAAAGGCAAUAUUUUCAAGGAUAUGGAUCCAUGGUCUUCCAGGAAAGCUGGAAUUUUAUCAAAAUAUACGACUUCUGAAAAGUUAUCUAUUGUCACAAGUUUUUUGUAUGAGGGAGAGAAAGUUGUGGUGAAAACUCAAAGUACAGCAGUUGACAAAGUUCAACAUCGACUAGAGCAACUAGAUUCUUUCGAGGAAGGCUCCCAAAGAAAACUAAAUGUAUCACAGGCUGAGUAUAUAGGGAGGAUUGACCAAUUGAAUAAGGAAUUGGUAUCAGCUUGGAACAGUGAGCAGAGAGUGAAGGCAUUGAAGAUUGCAAUACAAUGCGCAAAAUUACUUGCUGACACUGAAGUUUUGCCAUUUUAUCCCAGCAAAUUUGUUCUAAUAACAGAUAUUUUGGACACAUUCGGAAAAUUGGUUUAUGAAAGGCUGAGAGUCAAGUCAGAUUAUUACAAACCAGGUUCCAAAACACCAACACCUUUGCCGGAGGAUUUCACCCCUGAUAUGGUUCCAGAAAGUGCCAAAGAAACUUGUCUCAAUUGGUUCCACAAAAUAGCCUCAAUAAGAGAACUGGUACCAAGACUGUAUGUUGAAACAGCAUUGAUGAAAUCAUAUAACUUCAUAUCAUCAAAUGAGUGUGCUGAUGGAGUUCUGAGAAUAACAGAGAUGAUACAUGGAAUUGGAAAUCCUCUCGUUGCAAUAUAUGUCCGAUGCUAUCUUUGCAGGGUGGGGAUCAAUUUAAUGAGUCAAAAUUCAAACUACGAUUUCUUGUACGCUAACUUUAAAGCGUUUUUGGACUCAUAUCAACACCUAUUUAGCAGAUGCGUAAAGUUGGAGAUAGCAGCACAGAAAAUGACAAUGAGGACUUAUGCGUCCCUUUAUACACCUGCGUUGGAUUUUAUUUUGCAGGCAGUUGUUUGCACUGUGAAUGAGUCAGUGCUUGCAGAUUUACUAAACAACUGUAAACAGUGUAAUAACAGUUCACUCAUUCUACAUUCGAUAAUGUCCAGUUUUAAACCAUCUUAUGUAGCUGAAAGGGCAUCUGACUUCGUGAACAUGAUAGUUAAAUGUUUUGACGACUGCAUUACCUUAUGUUCUCUACUGAGGAUGCUUGGUUUAUGUUUGAAUGUAUGUCCUCCACCGUCGGAGCAGAGAAGGCAUAUACUUACUGCCGUUUGGAAGUACGUUUCUGCAUUUACAAAUCCAGCAGAAUACAUAACUUGCGUUGAAGCGUGGAUACAAUAUAUAGUAGUGCAUUUUUCGAACAGGGAUAUAAAUAUAAUAUUGGGAGAUAUCAUUGAACACAUGUCGCCUAACAGGAAUUUCGAAAAUUUCUACAAUGAUCUAAAAAUUAUUGUAGGCAAAAUAGUGUCGAAUAAUCAAGACUUUGAGAUGCUAUUAGUUAUGGAAAACUUCUUGCCUUUGAUAGACCUUUUCCAACAAGAAUACAUGAAGGUAGAGGUAUGCAAAAAUAUAUUGACGAACAAUUUCACUUGUUUCACGACAAAUGAUCCCGUGACUACAAACGCACUUAUGUACCUUUGUACCGUUUUGCACGAUUCUGUAAACGCACUCACUCCAGAGGACGAGUACAGGCAGAUUGGAGAAAUUUUGUGCAACGUUAUCAGAAAAGUUGAUUAUGGUAGAGAUUUUGAACAACAGAUGAACUUCUACGUUGAAGCUAGAGGUGCUUUUUCGAAUAUUGAUACAGUUCUAGCCGAGUUGGUGCAAAGAGUCAAUUGCCUGACAGUUAAUACUAGACAUAUAGUAAAGGGGAUUCAUACUAGAAAAACGGCCGAUUUUGUGCGAGCAUGUGCGGCAUAUUGCUUCAUAACCAUUCCAUCUAUAGUUUCAGAGAAGACUAGACUAGAAUUGUACCUGUUAUCAGGCCAAGUGGCACUUUUUAAUCAAUGUUUAGGACAAGCCGAUGCCUGUUUCAAGGCUGUUUUAUCAAUGUUAUCAGAUCUACAAGAUGUAACGACAAAAUCCGAGAUAUUCCUGUCAUCUUACAUAAGGCAGGUUCUAUCUACGCUUUUAGUGGUGCCAGAUAAUCCUGAAAGGGGUGUGCUGAGUUUAUUGAAAGGACUAUUAAAUGUUAUAAGAGACCUAGACUGGAACAAACAGAAUUGUGUGUUGGGUUCACUGUAUGUAAAUGUUAUAGAUCUUCUGAGUGUUAUGUCACAAGAAGAAUAUUCUUAUCAUGUAGACAGAGUUGAGUCGAAUGAUUCCUUAUAUGGUUCCGACACGAAAUUCCUCGUGGAAAUAAACAACAUGUGUUCUAUUAUUAUUGGAGAGAUUUUAACGUUACUGAAAGACCUAGGAAUCUGUAGGAGGCAGUCACAAUUGGCAAUAGAACUUUUCUUGAGAGUGGCUUUAAGGGGUGAUCUUAGCAUGAAAUCUGUGAGUGCUCUGGCACUGAAUCUGUGGCAACUAAGUUUGAAGAACGGAAAUGCGGAUGUUAAAUAUAUGGCAAAAACCAAGGAAUAUAUAAGGAAACGUGGUAUGGCGACAAAUGAUAUCCACCUUCACCAAUUGUUGGAUAAAAUCAUAUUUCAAUAGGGAAAAAGUGAAUGUGUAUUCGGAAUAGCUCUAACAAAAAAUAUUCAAUACAGGUAUACAGGGUGUAAACGUUAUAAUUGUCAUUAUUUAAAUGGGUGAUAGAGGGGGUUAAAAGAAGCAAAAAGUUUCAUAUAACAUAUAAACGGCAUUUUUUUAGAGAAAAGCGACUUUAAAGUAAAAUAAAAUCUGACAACCCCGCAAUGCCAGACGCUAAUUACGACGGAACGCAGUGUAAAUAAAGAUGGAGUUUGUUAUUUUUGGCUCUUAGGUAUUAUUUCAUUAUUUGAUAAUGUACUCGUAAAAUGCAAACUUACCACUGUCUCAGCGCUUCACAUGGCGUGUGAAAGUUUAUUGAACGUAUUAAAAAAAUCCACUUAUAAAUAGGGAAUGCAAUUUUGAUACAUACAUGGUUUGUCUUUUUAAAACCCACACUGCACUUUUUUUUGUAUUCAAAGAAGGUGUUCAAAAUGUCGUCCUCCACUUUCCACACAAGCUUCAUUACGACCUUCACGAAUGGUAUGAGGAUUUUCUUGGGCCCACGUGUGAGUAUUAUGGAAAUUUAAAAUUUGUUACUCCUGCUCUACAGUAACCUGUCUUUCACGAGUGCGAAUAUUAGUGGGCUGAACACUUCCUGUAUCUCGAAGUCUUCGGUACACUUGCACAAAUGGCGGUCCGGCGUGAAAACGGGUAUAAGUGCAAAAUUUACGUUUCGAGAUAAAUGGGAUUUUAGUUAACUUGAACCGCAUUUUUUAUAUUAUUUGUUUUAAAAUGAUUCAUACUGAUAAAAAGUCGUUGAGAUAUGAACUUAUUUUGAAUUCACAAUACAUAUGCCAUUUGAUACCUGUUUUAAGAAAAAAAAAGACAACUUAUAUACUUUUGCACUGUUAUUUUAUAGAAAAUAAACAACAUAUCCUUUUACAUAGUUGAGGUGGUCUUUUCCCCUUUAACACAACAAAAAUUAAAGUUUCUCCAUUAUACACACAAUGAAAAUUCUUCAUCGUCACUGUCCUCACUGUCGAUGAUUGGGUCGGUUACUUGCUGCUUGGUACGAAGGUCCUUAUAGAACGAAUAAAUGUCUCGUUUAUGUAGGGAAGUAGCUCUAGCAGGUUCUUUUUCUUCUCUUCUGUAAUAGGUACUGGCCCUUUAUAAGAUAGAGGAGUCCUGAUUUCAUUAGGAAUCAUUUUCUUGCUCAAGUAGUUAAUUUUUUUAAAAGGUUGGUUUUUGUCUAAGUUACCUUUGUGUUCUACAACACCUAUUUCUUGAGAAUACCUUAACCACUUUAUAUCUUUCCAUAUAAUCUUCUGCCCAUCCGCAUCUUUCUUUGGCUGUUUGAAAUAUUGUUUUAAUAACGCUGCCAACUCAAGGAAGUCGAGCGGUGUCAUCUCUGUAAUUUGAAAUGGCUGUGAGUUACCACAUGUUCUUACUAACUGAACCCAAUCUCUUUGAUGUUCUAUUGGUAUGGCGUAUUUUUUCUUCUCAAUCACAGAAUGAUCCGAAUCACACUCCAUAUGUGUGUGACCCGGGACAAGAAAUUUGUGAUUAAUAUAUUUUAAGGAUGGGUUCAGUUUCAUAAGUAGGAAGAACAUUACUAUACGUAUAACAUGCGAGUUCUUGUUUUGACCUGAACAAGUGUCAGAAUAUAAGGUGAUCUCGGAUAUUCCUUCUAAAUUAAUUGAUAAAAAAUGCUUGUAGAGGCAGGAAGCGAUUUGAUUUGCCCCUCUGCCUCUCAUAGCCUCAUGCCACAUAAAGCAAUAACACUGCUUGCUUUUUAGAUUGCGCAUUGUAAAAUUGAACGUCCAUAGCUGUCUCUUGUAAAAAGCUAUAGACGUUUUUAUGUCUGGCGUUGGCAGGCAUUGCUGCAAAUCAAACGUAUACACCAGGCGACAGCUAUCUUCUAAAGCAAAUUUCUUGUCUUGUCUUUUAGCUUCAUACGCCUUAUCUGCUUCUGCCUGAUGACUUUGUAAUUUAAUUUUCAGAGCCUCGGCGGUUUCACCUUGGGUGUUUUUGAUAAGCAUGCUCAGCUUAUCACAUGUGGCACAUGUAUCCUUAUUGGGUUUUUUAUUUUGAUUCCUAAGUUUCGAAAACACGUUUCGUAUAUUUUCUGAGAAACAACUUUUCUCUCAGGCGGUAGCCAAGCUUUAUAUUCAUCAUAACAUCUCUUGAGAGUAUAGUGGCUCGGUAGAUAUUUUCUGCUUGAGUCUUUUCGAGUAUAGUGACUCUCCUAAGAUGGAAUCAAUGAGAUAUGAUUUCGGAGCAGUUCCAUAUCAGCAUCUGAUGUUUUAUUUGCGGGAGCUGAGUUUCCACGUUUGUUAGUGCUAAAUAAACCUGAGGUUGACACACGUUUAUUUUUCACCACAUGUGUAAUAAAUCUGUUCGUUAAAUCAAAUGUUAGCAUGACACAGCGUUUACAUGUGUUUAUUUUAACUCCAUCUAUUAAAAGAGAAAAAUAAGUUUUUGUUCUGUUCUUGUGUUUUUUACCCUCAGCUUUAUUUUUUGUAGUUUGUUUAUCGCUAUUGGAUAUCAAACCAGCAAUAUAAGAUAUGCGUUAUUCGUAGUCGCCGGUGCUCCAAAAUUCAUUUGAAAACAUCCCUUCUUUUAUUAUUAUCAUCCAAGAGGUCUUUGUAUUUCAUUCUACAGGUAGGUAAUUCGCUGAAACAUUUUGCUCUUUCUGUUACACCCUUCUUGGUAACAUAUUCCUGUCCCAAAUUUCGCAGGUUUUUUCUAGUGUUUCGUAUUUGUCUUGUUUCUCCCUUUACUGACCUUUUCCCCCUCUUCCUAGUUUCUUUGUUACCAUUUUCGUUAUUCUCCAUUGUUUGAUCUUCUCCGUUGAUAUGAACCCUUGCCUUCUUGUUGGGUGUUUGAAACUCCAAAUUCUCCGCUGCUCUUGGUACGUAGUCUUUAUCCUUAUCAGAGUCAUCGAUUGGUUCAUCCAUAUUUAGCACACUUUCGUAGUCGGUAAUUGAAGAAUUUUCGUUUAAUUGUCUGUAACUGAUGUUUGUUGUAGGUAUAUUUCCUAUUAAGCUAUUCGAAAACUGCAUGGAUUCGUCCUCAGUCAACUUACUGUCGUUGAUUUAGCAACGACUGAGCAGUAUGCUGAACAUCAUCUAAGCCAGAGUUCCCCAAACUUUUUUGUGUCGUAGACCCCUUGCCAUGUUUUUCCGUGUUGGUUAGACCCCCUACUUACCUAAUAUUGAUUUCCUGUAAAUUUCUAACUGUAGUGAAGUUUAGUGUUAAAAACUUAAAGUAAAAACACAUGUUAAUUUAUACAUUUAUUAAUUGAAUUUAAAUUAAAACUACUCAAAAUAAAAUGUUGUAUCUGUUAUGCAAAAUACACGUAACAUUAAAUAAGUGCCCGCAUUGGAAGUAAGUGCCCGCAUUGAAAAAAAAAUAAGAGGGAUGAAAUAAAAAAAAGUGAAAAAUAAUAAAAAAAAAAGUUUUUUACUUAAAAUAGUACAAUAAGCGAGUUCGUUUAUUAAUUAUAACAUAAACGUAUGAUCUACAAUAAUUUCACUGUUAGUUUGAUUAAAUUCCGCUUCUUAUACGUUUAAGUUAUCUAAAAAUAGGCAAAAAAUUAACGAAUUUUAGUGUGUACCUAUCCUUGAAUUUUCAGAAUUUAAAAAAAAUAAUUCUAUAAAUAAAUAAAAAAUCAAUGCGGGCACUUAUUCCCAAUGCGGGCAUUUAUUGGUCAGACACCAAUAAACAUAAAAUAAACUAUAAAUAAAAUAACAUAAGCAAUAAGUCAAUAUUUUUAGUGAGAAGGAUGAACCUGAUGCUUUAAUAAUAAAUUAUCAACAUUUGGCGUCAAUUUUGUAAGGGUUAAUCUUAAAUCUCCUCGGCUAAUGAUGUCUGUUUCUUUUUUUCGUUAGGAGAUUGGUAACAGCGUCCACUAGGUAUGACGAUGGAAAGAAAAUUAAAAAUUCCCUCGCUAUAUUCCAUAAUACGGGAUAAGUAACGGGUAUGUUGUUUUGCAGCCAGAAUUGCUGAUAUCCGUUUUUAAACUGAACCGUAAGUUCUUCGUUUGUACUUAGUUCAGUCAGUUCCUCUUGUAUUAUGACAUUCGUUUCUUCUAUGUCACCAUAUGGAUUAAUUAUCCACGGUGGUAUUACCAUAGUCAAAAUAUCCUCAAACCUAGAUUCAAAAUCUGAAUAGAGGGCAUUUAAAUGUUGAACGUAAGUUGAAACGUCGUCUUCCUGGCAGUCUGUUUUCCUCUUCAUUAAAUUUUCUUUUAAAAUUUUAUCUUUAGUAUCCAGAAAUUCUAAAAUAGUCUCAAAAAGUGCAAAAAAUCAAACAUAAGCCUUUCGACAGCCAGCGUACUUCAGUGUGAAGGAGUAAUUGAUGAAAGUGUUCGUCAUUUUCUUCACACAACUGCGCAAAUAACCGCGUAUUCAACGCGUUGCUUCGGAUUCGGUUUACUGCAUCAAUGACUAAAUGAAGUGAUUCAAGCAAUCUAACACUCAAAUUUUUAGCAACUAAAUGUUGUCGAUGGAUGACGCAAUGUAUUGCUAACACCCCUGACACAUUUUGUUUUAAAUAGCUUAUAAAUCCACGAUAAAUAUAAAAUAUAAAUAUUGAUUCACCUUUAGUGUCGGUUAUCAAAGUUCUUGCGAAGAGCAGUUCUUCGUAGAUUUCUUGAUUCAUAAUAAAACGAACAUAUGCCAAUAAUAAUGCUGCAUUAUCAGGUAAAGUUGACUCGUCCAGUUGUAUAGAGAAAUGGGUCGUUUGCAAAUAAUUACAUAAGAAGCUUUCAAUAUCAGAACUCAUUUCAUCAAUACGUAUUUCAACAGUAUUGUUGCUUAAGGGAAUUCUUUUAAUGAUAUCAGAUGCAGGUUUGUGUAAAAC